AUGGCUGCCUUAGAUCAAAACACAGAUGAAAUUACGCAUAGUAUUAUUGAACUCAAACAAGCCAUUCUAAACCUCAAGGCGAUAUCAGAAUCCAAAGAUAUCUCUCUAAUCUCUACCUACAAAUCUAGGAAUAACGAGUUCAGAAGAUUGCCUCCUAAAGUCCUAGUUACAUUACCAAGUUUCUCUCCUCAGAAAAUAAGCAAAGAUCAGCUCAAUGAAAUAUUUGGUUCUCUGUCAUCAUUAUCCAUUACAAAAGAACUUGACAACACAAUGAAGUCACCAGAAGCUGUAUCUUCUCCAGUCAAAACACUGCUUGAUAAACCGCGAAUCACCGCCACCAUAGACACUGGGUAUACACAACUACUCCGUGUUAACUGUCUGAGUGAAGACCAAGUCUGGACAUGUGGGUAUGACAAAAUCAUGAAGCUUCUCAACCUCCGAGGUAAGAUACUGACAUCAAUACAAACCGAGUCAGGGUACCAACCACGGGACAUAGCAGCAACACGGGACGGAUAUCUUUUUUACACUGACCCUGAAAUUAAAACUGUAAACCUAGUAAAGAAUAAUCAGAUACAGACCGUGAUCACACUACAGGGAUGGAAACCUCACUAUAUGUGCAGCACCGCCUCUAAUGAUCUCCUUGUUAUCAUGAUCAGUGAUGACUAG